AUGCUGCGCCACGCCGCCCGCCUUCUCGUCUCCCGCACCGCCGCGGCGCCCACCGCCCGCCGGGCGCUCGCCACGGCGGAGGUGCCCGCGGAGGCCGCCGAGGACUCCACGUUCGUGGAGGCGUGGAAAAAGGUCGCCCCCAACAUCGAGCCCCCAACGACGCCCCUCUCCCUCAUGCAGCCGCGCCCGCCCACGCCGGCCACCAUCCCCACCAAGCUCACCGUCAACUUCGUCCUCCCCUACAAGUCCGAGAUCGCCAACAAGGAGGUUGACAUGGUCAUUGUACCAGCUACAACUGGUCAGAUGGGUGUUUUGCCAGGCCAUGUUGCCACAAUUGCAGAGCUCAAGCCUGGUGUUCUCUCAGUACACGAGGGAAACGAUGUGACCAAGUACUUUGUGAGCAGUGGGUUUGCUUUCGUCCAUGCAAACUCCAUUGCUGAUAUUGUGGCUGUUGAGGCUGUCCCUGUGGAUCAGAUCGACCCAGCAUUGGUUCAGAAGGGUCUCGCGGACUUCACUGCCAAGCUUGGUUCAGCCUCUACUGACCUGGAGAAGGCUGAGGCUCAGAUUGGAGUCGAUGUUCACAGUGCGCUCAAUGCUGCAUUGACCGGUUAA